AUGAGAAGCGGUCGCGAGCGCGCCCAGCGCAACCUGUACGUUCUCAACCUUCCUCUGGAUGCCACCACAGAUCAGCUCGAGGCACUCUUUGCGCAAUUUGGCCAGGUCGAGCAUGCUGUGAUCUUGGCAACUCUUGAUCAUCUGGCUCGAAGACGGGGGUUCAUCCUCAUGUCGGACUCGACUCAAGCCAGAGCUGCUAUUGCGAAUCUCAACGGCCACGAUUGGCACGGCUACCGUGUCGAGGUAUCCUUCGCUAUCGUCCAAAGGAGCGCUACGCCUUUCUCACAAGAGUGUGUCGAGUCUCAUGGCGAUGAGGUUGCGGCACAGCCCAAGGCAGUUGACACUGUCGUCCAGCCCGUUCCCGGCUCGUUCCAGGAUGACCUGUCGAGUUCUGUUCCUGCUCGGGAUCAGCUCACGGCUGACUCGCGAGCUGGCAGCGCGCCGCCGAGUGUCCGGUCCAACAUCGUGUCGCAGGCACACUCGACGCCAAGACCAUCUCAAAUACCCACUGGCCAUGUCGCGCUGAGUCCGGCUCGUAUCGGGACUGACCACGGCGGUGCCUCUCAUCACAGUCUCUGGAGCGAAAAUGGCGCCACUGUCGCUGCGGCGAGCAAGCAAGACUCAGAAGAUUCCGACCAUGGUCCGAGGCGCAAUGUGCCCCGACCCAUCGGAGACGAACGACAGAGGGCCACCGGGAAGAAGUGGAAGUGA